GUCAUUGCGCUUGUCAUUAUUCGCCGCUUUACAAAACGCUUGUCGCUGUUGAAUGCGUGAAAUAAGAGAAUUUAAUAUAUCAUUUAUGAAUAUUAUACAUUAAGAGUUGGAAGUUAAUUUAGAUAACUCUUUAUUUACUACCUAAAACUAUGAGUUCAAUCGGAACAGGUUAUGAUUUGUCUGCAUCUCAAUUCUCCCCCGAUGGCCGUGUUUUUCAAGUUGAAUAUGCUGCAAAAGCUGUGGAGAACUCUGGUACCGUGAUUGGGCUAAGAGGAAAGGAUGGAGUAGUAUUUGCAGUGGAGAAACUUGUGACAUCAAAACUAUAUGAACCUGGUGCUAAUAAAAGGAUUUUUCAUGUUGACGAGCAUAUUGGCAUGGCAGUAGCUGGCCUCAUCUCAGACGCAAGACAGAUAGUAGAAACAGCAAGAUCUGAAGCUUCAAACUACAGAUCUCAGUAUGGAAUCCCAGCCCCCCUCAAGUACCUCAACGAGCGUGUGUCUAUGUAUAUGCAUGCAUAUACACUUUAUAGUGCUGUCCGUCCUUAUGGUUGCUCUGUAAUUAUGGGCACCUGGUCAGAGCAUGAUGGACCCCAGAUGUACAUGCUAGAACCCAGUGGCAUUUCUUUUUCUUACUUUGGUUGUGCUGUCGGCAAGGCCAAACAAGCUGCGAAGACUGAAAUCGAAAAAUUGAAACUUGCAGACAUGACAGUGAAGCAAUUAGUGAAAGAAGCUGCAAGAAUUAUUUACAUAGUGCACGAUGAGCUGAAAGACAAGCAAUUUGAACUCGAACUGUCCUGGGUAUCAAAGGACACGAAAGGCCGUCACCAAGUUGUGCCCAGGGAGGUCGCAGCGGAAGCCGAAAACCUCGCGAAGCAGGCCUUAGCCGACAUUGAGGAUUCUGAUGAUGGUGAAAUGUGAACAGAUAAUAAUUAGAUAAUAAAUUUUAUUACAAACA